AUGAACAACCGGGGAGGGUCUCGCGGAUUUCCUCCACGACGAUCCAGAGGUGGAAGAGGAAAUAGUCGUGGAAACCGUAGUAUGAGUGGAAACGGGGAAUUCCGAAACGAUUACAGCGAUCGUGGAUCGGAUCGUCAAGGGAAUCCAGAUGGAAGAUCGCCUGAAGCCAUUGACGGUUUCCCUUACCGUCGCAGUCCUUCUCCUCGUAAUCCACCAUUUGAUCCAUUCGUUGGACGACCAUUGCAAGACCGUUCCAGGGAGGACCGUUCGCUCACUCCCGAAUUCCGGCAGAUGCUGUUGGAUGAGCGUCCUUCUUUUGGCAGGAACGCAGCGAGAAAAAGUAUCCCUGUUAAUGUGAAUCCACCUAGAAGAGAUGAAGCCUCAUCAUCCUCGGUAACUAGCAACGAAACCGAGAAAAAAUGGUCGCUGAAAAUAGCGGAAGCCGAUGAAGAAGUACGUCACGCUGAAUACCUUCUCCACACAGCGAAGAUCAAGAAGGAAAUUGUUAUCGCAAAAUACAAGGAGUUUGCCGAUAAGACUUAUGGGGGAAAUAAUGGUCAGCCCAAACCAGCAUGGUAG